UCGAACCUGCAUCCUCAUGGAAGCUAGUCAGAUUCGUUAACCACUGAGCCAUGAUGGGGACUCCACAAACAUCAGCUAUUCACAUUAGGUACACGCAAUGGGUCCUUCCUUGGGCUCCCCUCCCCUUGUCCUGAGAACUGGUGGCAUCCUUUCAGGACCCAGCCUAGGGAAGGCGAUUAAACCUGUGAUCUGGGGCCCUUGGGAAGGGACUUUCCCACCUCCCUGCAGGGUCUGCCAUGAACCAACAUAAACUCGUCAUCAAGUGGAUUUUGACAGACCCGGGGUCCUGCACUCCUGGGGUCAGCAAGGGCUACAGCUACAGUGAGGGCCAGCCCCCUCCCAUCCCAGGUGGCCUCUACGUUCAGACAGGGGCCAGAAAUUCAUACACAGACUUUCAGUGACAAGCAGGUCCAGGCUGGCCACCGGGCGGGACCAGUGGGCUGGGUGAAGCUCCUUCACCCUGUCCUUCCCUUUUGCUUUCCAUCAGCAUCUGGCACAGAAGGGGAAAUUCUCCAAUGGCAGAUGUGGCAACAUCCUCUUGGCACGAUCCCAGCUAAAUUCCAGUUGGAGUGGGGCAACUAGUUGCUUGGUCUGGGUUUCAUCUGCAAGAGCGGGGAGCCCCUGGGUGUGCCAGGCAUGGGAGGUGGACAGAUAAGCAUGGGUCUACAGUUUGUCCCGGGUCAGAGUCAUUUCUAACAUCUCGAUACUGGACAAAGACUCUGGUGACAAGCAGAGGAAAACAGGGCCCAGGAGUGAGGGAGGAGCACGGCUUCCGAUCGCACACCUCGCACCAGGGACAGGAGCACAUUUGCAAACGUGGUCAGUUUCCUGAGUGUCUGGUUCGGGAGACGAGCCUCUCAUGAGAAGUCUCAACCACAGAUGACCUCAGAUGCCUUCCGCCCAGGGCAGAAUCAGAUUCCUUCACGCUGCCUGGAACCGCUCUCCACAGCCUUCAGCGGAUGGACCCCUUCGCGGACACACUGCAGCGACUGCGGGAGGCCUUCAGCUCGGGGCGCACGCGGCCGGUCGAGUUCCGGGCCACCCAGUUGAAGGGCCUGGGCCGCUUCCUGCAAGAGAACAAGCAGCUUCUGCAGGAGGCGCUGGCGCAGGACUUGCGCAAGUCGGCCUUUGAGGGGGACAUGUGUGAGAUCCUCCUCUGCCAGAAUGAGGUCGACCUGGCCCUCAAGAACCUGCACACCUGGACGAAGGACAAGCCAGUGGCCAAGAACCUGUUCACUCAGCUGGACUCGGCCUUCAUCCGGAAGGAGCCCUUCGGCCUGGUGCUCAUCAUCGCCCCCUGGAACUACCCUGUGAACCUGACUCUGAUGCCCCUGGUGGGCGCCCUCGCCGCAGGGAACUGCGUGGUGCUGAAGCCCUCGGAGAUCAGCAAGAGCACUGAGAAGGUCCUGGCCGAGGUGCUGCCCCGAUACCUGGACCAGAGCUGCUUUGCCGUGGUGCUGGGUGGCCCCGAGGAGACAGGACAGCUGCUGGAGCACAAGUUUGACUACAUCUUCUUCACAGGGAGCCCUCGAGUUGGCAAGAUUGUCAUGACUGCUGCCGCCAAGCACCUGACGCCCGUCACGCUGGAGCUGGGGGGCAAGAACCCCUGUUACGUGGACGACAACUGUGACCCCCAGACCGUGGCCAACCGCGUGGCCUUGUUCCGCUAUCUCAACACCGGCCAGACCUGCGUGGCCCCCGACUACAUCCUGUGCAGCCCAGAAACACAGGCGCGGCUGCUGCCCGCCCUGCAAAGCGCCAUCACCCGUUUCUAUGGCGACGACCCCCGGGCCUCCCCCGACCUGGGCCGCAUCAUCAACCACAAACAUUUCCAGCGGCUGCAGGGCCUGCUGAGCUGUGGCCGCGUGGCCAUCGGCGGCCAGAGUGACGACAGCGAUCGCUACAUCGCCCCCACGGUGCUGGUGGACGUGCAGGAGACGGAGCCGGUGAUGCAGGAGGAGAUCUUCGGGCCCAUCCUGCCCAUUCUGAACGUGAGGGGCCUGGACGAGGCCAUCGACUUCAUCAACCGGCGGGAGAAGCCCCUGGCGCUGUACGCCUUCUCCAACAACAGCCAGGUAAUAAACCAGAUGCUGGACCGGACCAGCAGCGGUACCUUUGGAGGCAACGAUGGCUUCAUCUACUUAACUUUGCCGUCCCUGCCCCUGGGGGGCGUCGGCAACAGCGGCAUGGGAAGAUAUCAUGGCGAGUUCUCCUUCGAUACCUUCUCCCACCACCGCGCCUGCCUGCUCGCCCACUCAGACCUGGAGAAGCUCAAUGAAAUCCGCUACCCGCCCUAUUCUGGCUGGAACCAGCAGGUGAUCAGCUGGGCCAUGGGCAACCAGAGAUGCAGCAUUCUGUAAGCACCCUGCCCACCUUCAGGGCCCACCCCCUCGGGCCCCCCCACCCUGUCCUGCUGCUGCCCAGAUGCUCAGUUGUCCCUCAAAGGCAGGUGCACAAAGAUCUGGGGCUCUGUCUGAACAGACCCCUGGCCAGGCAGGACCUCUGGACCACUGGUCCAGCCCCUUUCAGGGUCAAAGUCCUCCCUACAGCCUCCUGACAGAUUUUUUGACCCUCUGCUUGAAUACAUCUGGUGUCAAAGGACUCACUCCCAAGGCUGAGCCGCUCUGAUGGUUAGAAAGGACACCCUUGUGUCAGAUCUGUAAUUAAAUUUCCAAAAUACAGA